AUGUCGGUGGACACAGUAACUCCCAUUGAGCCCAACUCCGAAGGUCCAACAUUCGCGAAGGGAUGGGAAGUCGGCGAGGACAAUCCGUACGCAGUUUACCCUUUCCAGUUCCAAGAGCUCCAGUUUUCAGAUGAGGGGGGAGACGUCGACAAUGAUGAAGCAGAUCAUGUCGGAGAGAUCCGCGUGCACAUCAGAAAGGCCAUUCGUACUGGUAGCGGAGGGAAACCCAUCGCCGAGAAGGUGCCUAAGAAGCGCUACAGAAAGGGUGCAAUCAAGAAUGGUGCAGUUCAAUCCACACAAAUAACACGAGGAGCUCCAGAGGUUCUUCAAGCCAAUGACAUUGCGCCUGACGACGGAUCGGAAGACGACGAGCCAGAUGGGCCGCCUUCCGGGUUAGUUGUAGAAACACCUAAUGCCAUGGAGGUUGAUCCUACGUCGGCACCUGGCACUUCUGAAAACCUAAACAUACAACAAAGUGAUGCUGACUACAUGGAUAUACCUGAGCAACAGGCCUCAGUGCCAGGACAGACUUCGUCGCCAACACACGCCAGAGCUUAUUCUCUGGAGAACGCUCAAACUCCCCAUGACGAGCGGGAAGAUGUCGCUCCAGUAACUUUGGAAGAGGAACUACUUCCGGUAACCACUACCCAACCAAUCUCAUCUUCGCUUCUCCCCAGAAACGAAGACGAUGCUGCGGCAAGUACCAGAAAUCACGGUACACCAGCAACAGGCCAAGAUGUCGUACCGCCUGAGACCGGGAACAACACGGAGAUUAAACCCAAGAACGAGCCUAAUGUCAAGGUGAAGAUCGAAGGUCAAGCCCAAACCAACAGCUCUCAUUCAUUGCAAGCUACGGACGAACCGGCCGUCAAGACAGAAGAACAGCCAACCGCCAUACCUGGCAGAGCACGCAGAAGACAGACAGAAACGGCCAUCAAUCAAGAAAUGCCACGGUCACGGUACGAUGAGCUGCUUGGGGAAGCGAAACAGUUCGAGGAAAUGGCAAAUUCUCUGCGAGAAAAGGCGCGUAAACGGCGAGAAGAGGCUGACCAGCUCACGCAGGAUGAGAAGGAGCGUAGAGGAACGUUCAGCUCUCCGAUAGUUGUCGAUGAUUAGAUACGACUUCAAGAUACUAUCCUUCGGCGGCCCUCGAGUUUGUUUUCGUCUAUCACUGUGUGCCCGCUUUCCCUCGGAGAAAAUCUGGGCUUUUCAAAAGCAGUACCUCCGAAUGUGCCUGAUAUUAAUGUCUAACGUGGGGUACGUUUCCGGGUUUAUGCUCUUCUUAUUCAGACGUAUGAACCUUGCUGCGGGUUACGAGGAAGCGCCGCGCUGCGUUCCGGGGGAAACAAUGCGAACCUGGGCGGAGAAGGCGGUGUGAGAGUACAUAGGACUCUGCUGUGCCGUAAAAGCAGUGGAACACUGUCUGGUAGCUC